UCCAUCGCCUUCACGCCCAAGGCGGCGCUCAUCCUGGGCACCUCCAUCCUGGAGCUGAUCGAGCUGCGCCUGCCGCUGGGCACCACCGGCUUCCGCAUCACCCUGGCGCUCUCCGCCCCGCUGCUCUACUGCCUGCUGCGGGCCAUCGGCGCCGAGGGCUCCGGGCAGCUGCUCCUGCCCCCGCAGCCUCCGCCGCAGCACCGCGCCGCAGCCGCCUUCCUCGCCACCUGCCUCGAUCUCCUCGACAGCUUCUCCCUGCUGGAGCUGGUGCUGCAGCCCAGCCGCCCCGCGCCGCUGCCCGCCCCGCUGCGCUACCUCCUCAUCGCCGUCUACUUCCUCUGCUUGGCCUCGCCGGUGCUGUGGCUCUACGAGCUCAGCGCCGCUCGCCCGCCCGGAGCCGCACGCCUCGCCCUCCACCUGCUGCUGCCCGCCGGGCUGCUGGACGCGCCGCUGCUCGCGCUCCGCUGCCUACUGCUCCUGCGCUACCAGCAGCCGCUCUCCCUCUUCAUGCUGAAGAACCUCUUCUUCCUGGCCUGCCGUGGCCUGGAGGCUCUGGAGACCUGCUGCCUCCUGCACCCCACCGCCACCCUGCCGCCCUCCAAGUAUGGCUCUGCUGCCGGGCCCCCCUCCACCGCCCCGCUGGGCCACGGGCUGUCCGACGUUGAUGUGGGCCCCCAUGGUUACGUCAAUGCGCUGGCUGUCACUGCUCAGGGCUGA